AUGCAACCAACAACGAAUACUCAAUCAACCUUCAAUCCCAUCGCUGUUAUCGUUCCAAAUGGUGCCAUUAAAGGACCUACCGGUGAUCCAAAUGACGGUGGCGUUUAUCCGGAUGGUACUUUUCUGAUUGUAUUAGCAGAAAUGAUAGACGAUAAUUGCGUCAACGAAAAUCUGUUGAUACGAAUGAUUCAAACAAACGGAACUGUGAAUCGAAUAAAUUUAAAUGUAAAAUUCCCUUCCAUUAAUUUUUGCAAAUGGGGUAAAAGUUUAACGGACGAUGGGAAAGGCGCAGAAAUAGGAUUUCGAUGGACCGCAACACCUUUUGGUGGUGUUGAACAUUAUUUUGUGAUCGGUUACUUGGAUUAUGAUCAAUCAAAGUCAGAGUAUCGAUGGAAAGGAAUAAUUGGAAACCAAUACGGUGAAAUUUUAGUGAGGGAAAUAGAUCUCGGCUCACCCUUUCAAGCCAACGGGCAAGUAUAUGGAAUGGGUACUUUUACUCCAAAUUUUAAUGGCAAUGGUGGUUUUCUAGCAACGCUUUACUCAGGACUUAAUCAAUUAUCAUGGAUAGAAUAUGAUUUGCCCAAAAAUGGUCAAGUUAAUUUAAUCGCGAAUGGCACAAAAGGUGUUCCUGGAUUUCACAAUGGCGUUGCUUUCUCUACAGUAGAUGGUGGUUACGGCGCAGCAUACGCGAUAAAAAGUUCCAAUUAUUCGUCAAGCGAAAUGAUUAAUCCCUUUUGGACUGUACGUGUUUGUUUCUUAAGACCUGUAAAUUCGGAAGUUACAAACGAGUUUAUUAUUUUCCAGACGACAGUUCCGUUCAACUUAAUAACGAUUGAUGCAUGCAGCAAUGCUUAUGAUGGUACUGGGUAUCAUUGCUAUUUGAGGAUUUUAUCACCAAGUGCUUCAAACGAUACGGUGGAAUAUAAUGUGGUUAUUUCUUUCUUGUCGACUGGCUCGACUACUCAGAUUCAAAAAAUUAGAACAAAAUAUGGUCAAGAAACGAAUCGGGUAACAAAUGCUUAUACUUUAUAUUAUGGCGGAGUUAUACUGAACGAUUACGACUUGACUAAUGAUACGUCAGAAGACAUUACCCAAGUAACUGACAUGAAUGGAAUUUUACGCUACAAUGUUACAAUGCCCAUAAAUAAGAUAUCGUUUUUGAAUGUGCUUAGAAAUAAUACCGCAAUUGUUAUAACUGGUCUUGGUGAUGAAACUGGUUGGGGUGUUUAUGCGGUCGAUAUUGAAAAAUUCUUAUCUGAAAAAGGCUACAAAAAUCCUCUUGUUGACUCAACAUUGCCUGCAAUUGGUCAAAACGUUCCCAUACGGACGAAGAAUAUCAGCAUAACAUAUAAUAAUGAGUUAGAACUUUCUUCCGGCAAUAUUUCGAUUUAUCGCGUCUACAAUGAUAGCGUAUAUCUCCGACAAACUGCUUCCGGCUUUCUCCGUUGGUCCACAUUAAGCAAUAAUUCAAAAACAGUAACGUUAAACGUAUUGGAUUCGACAUUCAAUCAACCUAAUUCUACUUAUUUUGUUACCUUGGACGCGAAUUAUGUAAUAUCAAAAAUUACACUCGAACCUUUAAUGGGGGUGGAUCCAAACAUUUGGACAUUUACUACAGGUUCUUUCUUAAAUGAAAUGUAUGCAGAUACCACCAUUGCAUUACUUCGUCUUACAUCUGAGGCAACUACAACUUUCGAGAAUUUGUCCAAGAAUGAAAAAUCUGACUUCUUGAGGAAUCUCACACUUGACAUUACUCAAGCUAUUCCUGUAGAACCAGAUCGUAUUGUGGCAACUAAUCGUUAUCAAUUGGACCCAACCACAGAAGAACCACAAAUUUUAAUAUCUCUUCGAAUCAUCGCACCCUCUGAUGCGUCACAAUCAAACGUCGAGAGUGUGAGAAGGGACUUGGAUACAUUAAUACGCAACAAAGAAAUAACUCCGAUUGCAUUUGGAAAAUAUUCUGCAUUAUUAGAUGACACAUACGGAUUUCCACCAACUCUUGAUAUUUGGGAGCAAAUAAAACCAAAGUUGUUUAUAUUUGGAAUAAUAAUCAUGAUCCUUUUUGUUCUAUACGCUGUUGGCCGUUUUAGAUUCCCAGAAGAAAACUCAGAAAACUCUAAGUUUCAUCAAUGGUUCAAAGCGCAUACACAAAUAGCUUCAAUCUUUACUGUGAUUUCAUCUGCCGAUGUUGAAGCUCUUAGUCUACUAUCAUCUUGCUUCACCGGUCUUAGCAUAUUUUCCGCGCCAAUAUCACCAAAAGCAGAAUUACGCAUUUUUUAUGGCAGCACUGUAAAUAUUUUUAUUGAGGAUUUACCUCAAUUCGUUAUUCAGGAAUUUUCAGAUCUGGACAUCAUUAGUGAUACUGUAUUUUGA